AUGGGCUCGAACGGGCCGCCAGGAAAUGGAGGCUUGCCGCCGUCGCAGUCGGGCAUAGGAAUCCCUGGACGCUCCCAGCAAAUGAAUUCAGGAGUGCAGAUGAACAAUAUGCAGGGAAUCCAGCCCAUGCUAGCCAGCAAUCCAGAAUUUAUGGCGAUUGUGAAUGCUGCCCGCCAAGGUCGUGUUAGUGAAGAGCAGCUGCAACAAAUCCGUACAAUCCUCGCACAACAACAGCAACGACAAAAUGCAGUCCAACAAAUGAAUGCGGCACGUCCCGUUCAGCCGAUAUAUGGGACCGAUGCGAGUACUAUGGCGCAGCCAGCAGCUGCCAAUUACAUGCAACAGCAGGCACAACCAAAGCCGCCGACCAUGUCCACAAUGAACGCACAAUCUGCACUUCCUCGACAUGAGGCUACACUUAUGGAAAACUUCAAUCGCGUCAUGUCUCCCUUGAUGCUAAAUAUUUCGCAGCUCGAAGCAUCUCUCCAAAACCCAUCUAUUUCUGCGCAAGAUAAACAGCAGCAACAAACUCUUUAUAAUGAACUGAAAGGCAAGCAACUAAGCCUGGCUAGACAGGUAGCUGUUGCUCGAGAGCAGGCAAGAGCCAAAGAUCAACAGCAACUUCAGUUACUGUUACAACAACAGCGGCAGCAGCAACAACAGCAGCAACAACAGCAUCUGCAACAACAGCAGCAAAAGCAACAGCAACAACAACAGCAACAGCAACAGCAACAACAACGUCAGCAACAACAGCAACAACAGCAGCAACAGCAGCAGCAGAAACAACAACAACAACAGCAACAGUCACCACAACCACACAUCUCGCAGCCGCAGGUGCAGCCACAGCCGCAGGUGCAGCAACAGGCGCCGCGUCCUCAGCAUCCAUCUCUUGCUCAGCAUCAGCCAACUCAGCAACCUUUUUCUGCUCAACAAAAGUCUGGUCUGACUCAAACGCCUGUUUUAUCUCAGAAUCCGAUUAUAUCGCAGGCAAAUGCUCGCCAAGUCAACAGACCUGUCGCUGAGCAUCCUGUUGCCACGACUCAAGAACCUAACCGUGGAUCCAUGCCAUCAACACCGCAGUCUUCGAACAAGCUUCCUCCUACUGAUGCAAAUAUACGAAAAAAUGCUCAAGAUACACCAAACACGAUGGCAAAUGCACACGCCGCGACUGUGAUGCGACCAAAUGCACCACAGAGCAGCUGGUCGAACAGCUCAUCAGUGGGUGCGAUAACUCCUACAUCUACCCUGCUUCCUAAUGGCCAAAAUCCCGUCUCGCCCUCAAGUUCUUUGGCUACUAUGAUAGCCCAGCAAACAAUGACACCCCAGCCAUACCCAAACGCAUCGGGACCUCGCCCCACCUUGAUGCAAGGGCUUGGUGCCUCACCGGCAACGAAUACACCACCUGUUCUAGUGCGUCCCAAUCCUUUGGGACGGGGGAGCAAUAUUGGAAAGCCGUCCUCAUCGACACCAUCCUCACGUGGCCAGAAUAUGGAUGAAAUCAUGGGUGUGUCAGAGACAAAUCAGGGCGAAGAUAAUGCGCAACAACUUGGAUUGGAGAAUGAAAAUGUCAUGUCAUCACAAAUAGCAGAUUUGCUGGGCACGCAACCCUCGGCAUCGGCAUCUCUCAAUUAUGCUGGUACUUCUGGUGGCAACAACCGGCUGUUGACUAAGCGUAAAGUGCAAGAGCUUGUAAGCGAGAUUGAUCCUAGUGAGCAGCUGGAGGGUGAUGUAGAAGAUCUGCUGCUUGAAAUUGCUGACGAGUUUAUUGAGAGUGUGACCUCUUUUGCAUGUCGCCUUGCGAAGCACAGGAAGGGUGAUCGGCUAGAAGUCAAAGACGUUCAGCUUCAUCUCGAGCGCAACUGGAACUUGCGCGUUCCUUUCCCUGGGUCUAUGCCAAUUCCCCCGACGCGAGUCAAGGCUCCCAAUACGUCCAAAAAUAUGGGUGGUACGGGUGCAAAUGCCAAUGCUAAUAAUGCCGGCAAUUCAACUACUUAG